UACAACAUAUAUCAAAUAUGUAAGCACAUGUAAUAUCAUAUAGACUAAACAACACUUGCAUUGAUAUUAGUACAUUUCAGAAAUGAAGGUAAAUUGCUCAUAUAUUGAUCCCGUUGAUUCGUCUUGGGUACCUGCGUGUAUCGAAUUCUGUUUAGGAACCAUUGGAAACAUCCUGGCUCUUGUGAUUUUGUGGGUGAGUCGUCGACACGAUGGAUGGCGUCCAUUUGACACAAUGUUCGCAGGUCUUGCAUUAGAAAACCUUCUCAGUAUCAUUCUAGCAUAUCCUUUUAUCUUUAAGAGGUAUGCUUCUGGUUUUACAUGGUGUUACAGCCAAACUUUGUGUGAUUUUAAUUCGUUUUUAUUGGUGAACAAUCAUUUGUCGUCCGCGUUCCUGAUCUGUGCGAUGUCUUUCGACCAGUUCUUGAUUAUCAAUGAAGUUGGAGAGACAGGAAGCUCUGAAAGAAGGAAUGGCAAGCGAUACAAAAUCAUUGUGGUCGUUCUACUGGCUGCAUCCGUAUCAAUAUCCCUUCUCCAUGUCACAGGACUGGGUUCAAGCCGUCUUUUCUAUCCAGGGACUUGGUGUUACCUGGAUUUUAUCAGUCAGACCACGGCAGAACGCGACAUGUCUUACUUUGUGGUGUCAAUCGGAACUCUUCUUAUAUUAUUAAUCAUAUUAUUCAACGUAUUAUCCUUUUGGAAAUUUUACAAAAAUCCAUAUUUGCGUUCCAGUGCACGGUAUAACGAGACUGGUCGAAACCAGUGCUGCUCCAAUAUGAACGUGUUUGUGAUGACGAUUUCUGCGGUAUUUAUUGUUUUGUGGACACCAUUUCUGGUACUUAUGGUAGUAGCAGAAAGUGAUCCAAGAAAGAUGAAAUGGUUGGAGGUAUGGCUUCUGCGAACUGUUGCCUUAAAUGCUGUGAUAGACCCAUGGCUCUAUACAUUUCUUCGGCGAGAGUCGCUCUCUACCAUUGCAAAGUAUUUAGGACAUGUUCAUGAACGACAUGGAUAUACAGAGUUAGAUUCAACGCGAAGAUGAUUUUAUAUUUCUUUAAACAACAUGUGUGUCUUACUAAACAAUGAAAUUUGCGAUUUGUGGUAAAAGAAAAUGUAAACGAAUAAUAAUCAAGAUAAUGAUUAAACAUUAACACAAUGAUAUAUAUGAAUCGUGACUUUUAUGCACACAUACAUCAUAAAAUGCUCUGCAACACCCACUCGUAAUGAUAUACUAGUAUUGCAAUUUGUAUUAAAUGAAUGAUCUGAUUUUGUCGUAUUUUUCGACUACUGAACAAGUGGUGUCUGAAAAGUCUGACAUUUCAAAAUGUUUGCCGCACUAACAUAUUCAUUACGUAUCUGCUAAACUUAUCAUCAAAAACACCAACACUAAUAUAGUCGACCACACAAUUAUUAUGGACAGGUCAAAAUUGUCCACGCUAAACACCUUGUGAUGUAGAUUUAUAUUAAAGAUACCUCUAAUCGACAAAUUAAAGCAGAAUAGUUAUGAUAAUAGGCAUUGUAAUUGUAUCACGAAUUGUGUUGUUAAAAAUCCAUUCACCAUUGACUCAGGGCAACUGCACCAAACGUAAACAGAGAGCCGUGAGUCAAAUGACCGUUGCGCGAUGAACCUCAGCUUGCAUUUAAUGAGUCGGAUUCUUCCAACAAAGGCGAAUUUACAAUGCAUGUACUCUGAUACUUCAUAUCAACAUGACAGAAACACGAUCUACCCCUGAGGUUUGAAACAUUUAGGUCAGAACUAUUUCGAAACCUGUGCAAUACGGGCUGCAGAUCGUGCGUAAAACUAAACAUGGCAGUUGGAAAAGUGUUAACAUGGAUCAUGAUUUUAAUACUGAUGAUUUGUUUCUGGGGUGUAGACUCUGCAUCGUACAGAUCACGGAGAACAUAUUCUUCCUCCCCGGGAAUGGAACCGUGGAUGAUUGCUAUCAUCGUCAUAAGCUGUAUAUCCAUCAUAGCCGUUCCUGUGAUUCUUAUGAUUUGUAUCAAAUGUGGAUGUUGUAAAGUAAAGCAAAGAAAUGAUCUAAACCAACCACAAGUAAUGGUGACAGCUCCCGGACAACAGUAUAAUGCACCUUAUGGCUACAACACCACUGCCAGUCACACGAUGGCGAAUGGAAAUCAGUUUGGAUACAUGGGGACCCAACCUGUUCCCUCUCCCUCUCAGUAUAACUACCCCCCAUCUACAGGGGAAAAGUAUUGAGGAAUCGGAUUUUGUUUCUUUAAAUUGAAUAAUUGUUAACCCAAACACAUGCCACAUACAAUGUACUGAGCUAUCAUUGGUUGAGAGAAAGAUAUAUGCACUUCUCUCCAAAUGUAUAAGUGUGCAGUUUCUCUCAAUAUCAAAUACAGCUUAAAUUCGAAUUAAACUUGAGUACAAAGCACGCACAGGGGUAGAUUUUCAGAUUCAUAGUAGAGGUACAUGUAUAUUUGAUAUCAAUGGAAGAUUGACAUUUAAUGGCCGGCUUACAUCGUAUAUGGUGACUGCUGUACAGUAUCAGUGAUUGUCAAUGAAGGUAAUAUUUUGGAGAAAGCUUCUGUGUAAGCGUUAGCGCGAUGAUUUGAUGACACUCACCAUCACAAAAAAGAGCGGACGCUUUUUGCAAGGAAAGUUUCGCUAUCGCGAUACUGCAUGGUUAGGAAACACCAUUAUAUAGAUAGAAUGUCUUUGGGACACAGACAAUAAAACCAGGAAAAUGUUUACUUCCUUGACCGCUACCAAUUCGAUCUAAUCGAUUUGAUUGUUUAUCAUUUGAUUUAAUUGUUGGUCAUUCAACGUAAUUGGUUUAAUUGUGAAUCUCUUAAUUGAUUUGGUUGCUAAUCAUUUUACCUAAUUAAUUUGAAUUGUAAUAUUUGACAUUAUAUAUACUUGAUUGCUGCCCAUUUGACGUGAUUGAUUUGAUUAAUUGUUGAUUAUUUAACUUAAUUAAUUUUAUUGUUAAUCACUUGAUUUAAUUGAUUUGAUUUGUGAAUAAGUUGACUUAAUUAAUUUAUAAAUAUAUAUUGGGCACAUGAAUCAAUUCAUUUAAUUGUUAUCAUAUGACUUGUUAUUCUUCAACUUAAUUGUUUUGGUUGUUAUCAUUUGAGUUGUGUUGAUUAAAUUGUUAAUCAUUUGACUUAAUUGAUUUAAUUUUUCAAUCAUUUGAUUUUCAUUGUUAAUCAUUUGAAAUAAAUUUCGUUUCCUUUC